AAGGAGAAACGCAAUGGCGGCCGUACGACAGUUCUCUCAUAAGUUUACAGAGAAAAUCGACGAAAAAAUGUGAUCUAUGAGUGGCUGAGAGGUAAAAACGAAUCAAGUGCCAAGAUCAGAAAGGUAUUGCAAAGAAAGGUGAGCCGGUGUGAAAUGAAUUUACCCAACGAUGGAUGCACGUGGUGGGAUGGAAAUGAAAACGAAUGGAUGAUCAAUUGAAUGAAGAAGCUACGAAUGGUGGACCAGGGAAGCCGAAGGAGGCAGGAAAGAGAAACCGACAGUGGAAGGCAGCGGUGGUGAAGGAGGAAGGAAUGAGUGAGUGAUGAGUGACACUCGGCAUCAGCUUCACUCGGUAUCGGAUUUGUAUGCAGCCGACGAGAUAGAAGUCCUUCUACUCGAGGAAAUUCGUGAUCUAGAACCACCACCUUCCGCAUACUCUAGACCCGAGGAUAUACAGGACUUUGAGAUUGCGGGAAGUAGGACUGGGGGGCGCACCAGCUCCCAGUCGUCGGAGCUGGAGUCGCCGGGAGUCCAUUCCACAGUCCACUCAUGGGACUCUCACGCCAAUUACCAUGGGCACUAUGACGGUGACCGUAAUAGACAUGGUUCCGCUUCAAAUUCAGCACCUUGGGCACAUUCCAGUCAUUUGGUUUUGUACUGUGACCUGCAAGGCCACCUUAGGACCACCACUGGGGUUAUCAGGCUCAUGCUGCUUAUAUCCUCAGCAGCAUGCCUGGUUACACUCUGCAGUUCUGGGACUGCGAAAGUUAGUCUUUUUAUGCUACCGUUAGUUGGUAGACUCCGACUCAUGAUUUUUGUAGCAGUGUUUUGUCUAUUGGUUACAUCGCUACUUCUCUUCCUUGAUAUUUCACAUGUUAUUUACGUUUUUCCCUUCAAUUGGGCCAAGCUGAAUGCAUGGAUGUUUGCUGGCAUGGGCUUGUCCUAUGUAACGGGUAGUGCGUUGCUAGUCUGUUCCGUUUGGGAAUACAGCGGAGGUGCCAGCAGUUGGGUACCACGUCGUACACGUUCUCAACUGGCAGCAGCUGCUGGACUUGGACUGGCAUGCGCCUUGCUAGCGCUUCUGCUUUCCUGGCUUCAUCUACGAAGUAGUUCUAACCGUAAGGGCCAUGGUAGUCGCAGUCACACACCGACGCAGCUUUACAGGCCCGUCGACAACUCUUCGUCUUCAGGGGUAACGCUGAAAGAACGAAGUCCGAAAAGACCACCCCCAUGGGUGGUGAGGAACCAACAACGAUCGGACAAAGUUAAUGCAAAUAGUGACAGUAGGAGCGAAAAUGGUAAUAAUAAGUUCAAAGGUCGUAACAAUAAGAAAGAUCACUGGGCAUCGGCAAAGCAGCACUUUCUUCACUCCCAGGACGACGAAGAGGAGGAAGAAAAUCGCGUGAGUAGAGAAGCAAAGGAAAGAGAUAAGAGAAGAAAAAGAAGAAAAAAUGGGGGUAGUGCCUCCGCAGGAGUUGGUGUGGGUGGCGGAAGCUCAGAUAAUAAUGAAUAUGGUGUUAGUGGAGGUGAAGCUGGUUCUGCAGGACUCGGAGUACCUCCGGCGAAUACUCGAUGCGUUCCCCGUAAGCUGCCGCUUAAAUCGUUGAAUAACGGAAGUCAACAGAAACAAUCUUCGUCAGGAAUGGGUGAAGCAGCUAGAUCCAAACAGAUGGGUGUUAAAACACUUGUGAACAGUGACUUAAAAAAUUAUUGGGAAUUGGGCAACCCCCGCACAGAGUUAACGAACAAUAGCACUCGCCGAAUUAACCAAGGUGUAUCUUCAGAUGAAAUUAUUCAAACUGAUGGUAAAAUUGUACUCCCGACUGGGUGGGCGAAUCAGUGGCAAACGGCUGUAGACGACGUCCAACCUUGUUCCAGUAAGGCUCUUGAUCCGUAUCCAUUCCCUUGAUUGCAUUUACGGUACGAUUAGACGGCUACAAUCGUGAAUUCGUGUUCCAUGGUGAUGAUUCAGACUUUGAAGAGAGCCAUUUGCAAAUCGCAGACAUGGCACGCUUUUCACGCUGUGACAUAUGUAUCGCCAAAGCUCAAGUUCAUAAAUCUUGGGAAAAGUGUUGGAUUUGAAUUUCAAAUUGGUAGUAUUGCUCUGUUUUACGUAAUCUAGUAUCUUUAAUUAAUAAUACAAUAAUAUUUUUUUCUUCCUAUAAUACCUGUGCUAAAAAGAAAAAAUUAAAAAAAGCAACUUAGGCUUUUAAGUUUCAUUAGUACAACCCUUUGUGGAUUACAAAAUUAUUUACUAAUCGAGUUGAAUAUUGCAACCAGCUUGCGAUUAUGUGCCCGAUCAAGAUGGUUUUUUUUUUUUUUUUUUUUUAAAUCAAAAGUAGUUUUAUUAGAUCCAAUACUCGUUCCCACAUCAUGAAUUACAAACUGUAGUAUUACUAUUGCCGACUGUUAAGACCAUUUUACAUGUAUCCAAAUACAGUUAUCUUAUCUCGAAAGAGUGAUAAUAAGCAAGUUUUUCUCAUUAGAAAUUAGGUUUCCUCAAAUCUAGCAAUUGAUUGAAGAAUUAUUUAUUACAUUAGAUAUAAGCAAUCAAGAUCAUGAAACAAGAGUAAAGAGUUGAAGGAUUAGGGGAACAGUUGAUCGAUUUCGAUCUUUCCAUUUUGAUUGUGAGUAACGAACAUUGAAAUGGUCAUGUUCAAGCGAUUUGGAUUUUUUGUAUAAAGCUGCCAUGCCUUGUACAUUUUGCUGCCAAGAAAAUUCAUCCCCGUUUGUUCAGAUCGUACUCAACAACUUGAAAUGAGAUUUAUAAUUGAGACUAUAUGAUGAUAUUAUGUAAUACAUUCGCAGCGGUCUCGUGUGUACGAGUUCAGAUAAUUAUCAUAAGAAGAACAUAAUAGGUGAUUUGGUUCCAAGCUAUGUAAGAAAUAUUUAAUUAGAAGUGGUGAUUUUAUUUACAAUUAUGAAAGAAUUAAUUAUCGACUUUGACAAUUACUCUAGUCCGUUUACACUACAUUUUUAAAGCCAUGUCAUAUUUUCUAGUCAUUAGUUUGUUAAAGUUAUUACGUAAAUUUCCAUUAAUUUUAGUGCACAACUGUAUACUUGUGAUUUACUUACAAGCACUUUGUAGCGUGCAAAUAAUUUGUUUGAGGUAUUUUCUGUAUAAAAACAUGCAUUCCAUAUUGAAUAAUUAGUAAGAUUUCAAACAUACGUCAUUAACGUAAAAAAAGUUUCACAAAUUCUAUUUGAUACGUGGGAAAGCUGUUGUUGUACAUCUUUGAUAACACAAAGAUUUUUGUUUACGGCAUCAGAUUAGAGAGGUAAACUAUUUUUUUAGUACAUACAUAUCGUAUUAGAAGUACAAUCUGCAUAUAGCUGUCGGAGUAUUAUUUCCUUGACUUUUCAACUGAAUCGGUCGCAUUAAAAAGUUUGAAACCUUUCUGCCAUUCUUGGGUGACAGGGUACUUUAAACAUUAGAUUAAAAAGAAAAAAAAAAGGAAGAAAACACCCUGAUGCAUAUUCAAUUCAUAAUUUUUUCUUCUCUCGUGUAUUUCUUGACCUAUACACAUGUGGAAUAUAAAUAAAACCAUUAUUUUAACUGUAAAUCUUGGUAAGAUAGUUUGACAUUGAAUUAAAUAGGAUAAGAAACGUGCGUGUUCAUUUAGGGGUAUAAUGGGUAAUAAGCUGAUAUAUUUCAAUAUGUUACGUCUAUUACGUGCGAAUUUGAUAUUACACUGUAACGUUGAUAAUUAUAAUUGGUUUUGCCGAAGCAAAUAUAUUUGGCUGCUGUAAUUUAAAUGUUAAUUCGCACAGCAGAGGUGUGAUUCGGCGUAACUUUAAUUAUUCAUGAGUAGCAAUUCGUGGAAGCACAGCGAACGUUCCCAAGUAAAAAUCUGGUCUAGAAGCUAAGUAAAGCUUUAUUACCUGUUGAUAUUCGAUACACGAAUUUACAAAAACCGUGUAUAUUGCACACAAGCAACGUGAGAUCACUAACACUGCCAAUUUAGAACACAUUUCAGUUUCAUAGAAUUGGGAACAACUUUUGAGGGUUUCCUACUUUCUCUGUAAAUAUUCAGUGGUCGAAGGAUACUUCUUGAAAGUCUUGACAACUUCAACUUCACUAAUUUGGAGUGUUAAAUUUGCUGAGUCCAAUCAUAUUUUUCACUAUAAGUUGUCAGAAUUCUAAACCUAAUUACUAGAGGCUGUCUUUGAAGCCUUUUUAUGCAAUAUGAACAUUAUUUCAUUAUUCUAUAGCAAUGCCGUCUAAGUACAGUCAAGGUUGUUUGAACCAUUUUAUUACAUCACUAUAGUACUGGUGUAAAUAUUACAUUACAAUCUUAAUUGUAAGAUUGAAUUGUAAUUCUUGUAAUACUUUGAAUAGUAAGAAAUGAAUUUUUUCCUUAUACAUCAGUGGCGUUUGCCAAUUAUUACUCGCGAGUCUUAUAGUAUUGUAUUUGUCAUAAAUCGCAACUUCAACGCACAAUAAAAUAAUUGUAAAUAAAAUAAUUGUUUAUCCUCGUAGCGUGCUAAUGGACGAGUACUUUAGCAAUAAUUUUCAAUUCAAGUUAUUAAAUUUAAAAUACCGGUAUCUUGUCUGCUAAUGAGGUGUAAAGACACUAAUAUGACAAUCUAAACCAAUUAUGUCCAUAUUGUAUAAACGCAAAACUUACCUUAUUUCUCAUUAUUUUUAUUAUCGAAUGAAAACUAAAGCUCACUGCAAUUUCAUUUUCUUGCACAAUUGAUAUUAGUAGCUACAUUUUUUCUCUUCUUAUCGAACCUUUUCGUAUUUAACCAGAAUGAUCCGCUGGCACGGACGUUGGUUCUUUUUUAUAUUAUCCAAAAAUCAUGGUACUCAAUAGUUUAUAUUUAUCAAAUUAUUUUUUUUCCAAUUUAGACAUACGCACAUAUUUAACGUUACUUUGCAAUUCACGCAACUGCUUCUACACAUUCUUCGUCCCAAAAUUCAUUGUAUUAUUCGUGGUAUAGUACAUUUUAUCUGGUGCUAGUUUGCGAUCACCACAAAUAUCUAUCAUGAAAUUGUCUUAACUGUUAUUCUCAGAAGGACGAUGAAUAUGAUUAAGUUCAAGUUCCUUGAUAUUUU